AUGACCCAGACUGGGAAAUGCGACACAUGUCGCCAACGAAAAGUAAAGUGUGACGAAGAGCGACCCAAGUGCGGUGCAUGUAAAAAGAAAGACCGCCCUUGUACUUAUUCAUAUGGGAAAGCAUCGGCAUUCGUCGUCGAAGACCCGAAUCAAUUGACGAAAUACGGCAAGGCUAGAGUCCCACCCGUGAUACAUUCUUUCACUUCUCUCGAGGAUGCAAUUAUUUCGGCUUCUUUGGCAUGCCCAGAACUACGCGUAACUACCGAAAGAAAUGCAGGAGACGGGCAAGGUUUCUUCCAAACGUUGGCGCCAAUCUCCAAGCCCAAAGCUAGACAAUCGAAAAAGAAAACCAAUAACCAACAACGCGCACUGGAAGCUUACCUCGAGCAUCUCAAGGAGGAGUCUGCUAUUAUAUCAUACCAACCAUCGUCACCAGAAACUGCACUGAUCUCCCGGUACGUUGGCAUGCUCGGAUUGGACACUCCUGACAAACAACCUCUCGCCAUAUUGGGUACUUGGAUUCAAUCGAUACCAUCACGUAUUGGCCAAAAUCGGAUGAUCGAUCUUGCUGCAGAGUUCUUUGUGAAUAGCUAUUCCGCAUACAGGGACCGAACACACUCAAAACGUAGACUUGCACAAGCCACGAAAGCAAAAGCUUUGAGGGAACUACAGCUUGUUGUUCUGAAUUCUCGGACCCAGCCUACAUAUGAUGUUUUAAUAGCCACGAAAAUGCAUUUUGCGGCUGAAGCCCUCAUGGGAAUCGACACCAUGUACCAUGCUAUCCAUGCAUUUGGACUUGCCGAGUUGAUGAAGUCCGGCAAUGUCUCAGAAGUCGAUGAGGAACACUACUGGAAUCUCAUUGAUAACACAUAUGUGGAUGAUGUCAAUGAAGCCAUCAUGGCAGGCCGACGAUCCGUCUAUGAAAACGAAUUCUAUCUGUCAGCAACAUACCCGCCGCCAAUUGACUCCCCGAUUCUUCUUUCGGCCUCACAACGAGCAUCUAUAGCAAUCAUGCAUGUUUUUAUUCAGUGCCCUCAUGCAGUCUGCUUGGUCCGACGAGCCGUUUUGAAUCCAGACGACACCACGGCACUCGCUUCCGCAGUAUCGCACAUGGAGUCGUUGAUCCAGAUCAACCUGUCUCUACAUGUAUCCGAACUAAUGCAGACAGCUAUUACAGUUGUACCAAUACCUCCGUCUCAAGAAAUUGCCGAUAUAAUGCCUGAUACGUUGGAAUUUGACACGGUGCAAAAUAUGGUCCUCUGCACAAGAUACUGGAUGCUGCAAAAUAUACUUUGUGGGUUUGCUGACACUCUCUACCGACACUUUCCGGCGGAAAUGGCGCUCUCGACACUGCCGUCUCCAGAGCGACUUCGAGUCAUCGACGUGGACAGCGCGCUGCAUCUUGCCAAAUCCAUGCGCUGGGCAAACUCGGUCUCUCGCGAUCUUCCACUUGUACCAUUGCGCCUGCACACGCCGAUUCAGCUCUCUAUUGGUCCCUGGUAUCGAACCAUUCGAAAUCUCUCGGGUCAGCGACCUGCCUCUCCCGACGCACAGGUGGCUUUUGAUGCCGAAUUAUCGCGAGCUGAGCGCAUGAAGGCCUGGGCCAUGGAACAAUGCAACCAGAUCCACAUACAAUGGGAAGUCUCUGCCGUUGAAGAGAAGCCCAUCCUCGAAGCCAUUGAUUCCAUGGCUGGCGAGCAGAUACCAGAUUGGUUGCCCGUACGCGUGCGCUUUGAAGCCGAAGACGGCGAGAUGGUCAUGAAGCUAGACUAUGAGAACAAAACAGGAAGCUACUCGGAGCGCUAUGAUUUCAACGAGCCACCACGACCCCGGAUGCCGCAUCCAGGCGAAGAUGACCAGCAGUGGCAACGAGAGAAUCUGAGUGUCUACGAACUUCCACUCAGGGGUGCUGACAUGCAAUCUGGAAUCACUGAGCCGGCACAGCUCAUCGACGGACGGAAUAACGAGUAUCUGAAUUCGCACACACGCCCUGCAGAUUUCAUACAUGCAACGGGAAGAAACUUAUGCUCAACAUCUGGAUGGUGGCCAGAGACUCCCUCGACCUCCACCAUCCUCAUCGACAGUACCCACAAAGCGUCUGCCUUCUCGCGCGUGUUGCCACCGUCUGGAUCAAAAGCCAGUAGUGUCUAUUUUGGUGCAAAUGGCUGCACAUCUCCAUCGCCGGGCUCAUGGCCACAACCAUUCGACGCGUCUUCAACUUCCCCGCGAAGCUCACUGAGAAACUUUUCGUCAUCACCAACAGACACAACGAGCGUGACGGUUAAAUUUGACAAUAGGAAGAAGAAUGGAUGUUUUUCGCCUGCGUGGACUAACUAGUGAUGGAUGUAAUGCUUGGU